AUGGCUUCCCGUGAUGGUGUUUCCCGUGUGAAAGCCGGAUACUGGUUUUGCCGGCCUGACUAUUUAAUCCGGCCGCUACAAGAUUUGCCUAUCGAACUCUUCACACAUCUUUAUGCCGGCUUUGCCGAGGUCAACAGUAAUAAUGGCGCGGUCACCAUUCCUGUCAAGUACUCAGAAAAAUUCCAAGACUUCAUCAGAAUCGUUCGAGAACGAUCCCAGGGUCGGGUUAAAACUCUUUUAUCCAUUGGUGGUGAAGGCUCUGACAUAUCUCCAGUGUUGAUCAAUCAACGUUCACGUAAGAAAUUCAUAGAUGACUCCAUUAGUGUAGCCAGGAAUUUCGGUUUCGAUGGCCUUGACCUCUGCUGGCUAUACCCGUCCUCCCUGAGAGACAACGGUCUCUUCCUCCAGGUAUUCCUUCAGGAAUGGCGUCAGGCCACGUGGCAAGAUGCCAACGCUGGAAAUCAUCAGAAUCGGUUGCUGCUAACCGCAGCGGUGUAUCACCACCCGAUCAUUCCUGGUGGAGCCGGUCUCAAUUUCAAUUAUCCUUGUAAGGCUAUUUCAGACAACUUGGACUGGAUCAACGUACUGGCCAUUGAAUUCUAUACUCCCGACAACUCACCCAGUUUGACUGGACCGGUUCAUGCGUGGUCUAAUCCUCAGGAGGAAAACAGGUGUGGAAGAUCAGGCAUUGAGGCGUGGAUUAAGGACGGAGUUGCGGCCCAAAAAUUAGUCCUCGGUCUUCCAUUUUCUGGCUAUGAAUGGAAUCUAACGAACCAGAAUGCUGAUAAUGGAUUGUUUGCACAGGCUUAUCCAGCACAUAAAGAUUACAAAAAUAUCCAUGCAAUUGUCGGUAAGAGGAAUACUGAUUAUGGAACCAGUCAUGUUGAAAACUAUGUUGCUACCUUCUCGCGUAACGAGAGGAGUUGGAUUGGUUAUGAUGAUGAAAGGUGCAUCUCUACAAAGGUUAGCGCGGCAAUUGGUACGAACCAUUUAAAUUUGCGCGGUUGCUUUGCAUGGCAUGUGGGCGCCGACGACGAGACAUGGACUCUUUCGCGUGCAGGUAAUUAG